UUACUCGCCGAAGGCCCAAGCUAUUUUAAGGACUCUUCCUUUGCAUUGUGCGUCCUAUGUUCAGAAAUGUGCCAAACAGACCAUUGCUGAGGCCUGUUCUUUGAAUUUCUGGGAUCCCUUUAUGCGAUAGCAAAUACUUUUACUAAACUGAGAAAUAGGUUUAAGCGAUUCACAUGACAAGCAAGAGAGUAGAUUGUUUUACUAUUAUUUCUACAAUUCGUAGGCUACAAGGUGACAUUUCCAGAAAAGAGUCAGAAGUGUCUCGCACAAUGUCAGUGUUAAACCACAACAUUGGGUCUCAUGUUACCUCCAUCAAGGCGUACUAUCCUUCUGAUGCAAAUUUAUGCCCAGAUCAUUAA